UUUAUUCCUUCGUCACAAAGCAAAGCACAAGACCUCACUCAUCAAUGGAGCGUUCCGCUUGGCCUAAGAACCUCUCCUCAAGCCGCAAGCGCGCGAUCAAGGAGCUCCUCCAUGCCCAGAAACCCACGAAGAAGCUCAGAGAUCUCUUCGACGCUCACUCUCAAGCUGGCAAUAACACAGGGCAGUCCUUGUUUUCGGAAGAUCUGGUCGGCAACGUCGUCAGGUCGUUCAGCAACACCCUAUCCCUGUCGAGGAACGCCCAGUCCGACGAGGUCUUGCAGCUCCCGACCAACGCCUGUGUCAUGUCCGAGGUCUCCGAGAAGAGCGAGAGCAUCAUGACCCCGGUCCCGAGGAUUCCUGCGAGGACCAUGGCGAUUCAGGUCCUGGACCCAACAAUUUCUUUUGCGAUUCCUCUGAAUCAAGCACAAUUCAUUGCAUCGCGCUAUUACACUCAUCAUCAUCUCAAUCUCAUUGGAAGCCGAUUCAACUGGUCCCCACUUUACUUUGCUAUCUCAUAAGCUUGAACUCUCCGCUGCUCAUCUUAUGAUCGAGCCUCCCUAUUGCUCAAGCUUAUUGCAAAACAUUCCCCUUUCUAGAAUUUAGGUUUCAUUUUGAAAUGAAUUUGCGAAAGAAAUGGCCACAGCGAAAUUGUUUUUGCCCUUUCUUGCCACGUCAAUUGAAGAUUAUCCUAGUUGGACUAAAAUUUCUUUUAAAAAAGUCACAUCACAGUAAAAAUUUAAUUUAAAAUGCCACGUAGGACUAUUCGCCGGGAUAUCCACUCAAGUGAACGAUUUUUCACCGAUUUGGUACUCAAGUAAUCAAAAAAAAAAAUUAUAACACUUAAGAGAGUAACGUAAGAAAGUUAUUUCACUCGUAUUAUCGUUAUCCUCGUUUCCGCUUUGCUGUUGAUAUGAUUUUGGGACACAACUCGACAGAUCAUAAUUGGAUUAUAACCAGCUUGUCUAACUUGCAGAGUAUAGAAGUUAUAUUUUAUUUUUUCAUUAUCUUGUUAUUGGACAGAGGAUGAAAAACGUUUUAUCUGGAAUUAAAUUAUAUUUAUGGGUCUAAGCAAUUCUAACAUGAAAUGGAAAUUACUCAUUUUUGCGUAGAAAGACUUUAGAGACACGGACAAGACUCGACUGGAAUUUGAUCAACCACGGGCACCAAUGGAGGACAUAUAAUCAGAAAUCACUUCUCAACUUUGAGUUG